AUGCUUCAACCUUCCUGGGUUGAGGAUCGGAGGGUGGGCCUCUGUCAUCAACCUGAGGCUGCUCAGUCAUCUUCGCUCAUCUCACCUUUUUCGCUGUUGUCCUGCCACGAGGCGUCGAUGGAACUUGCCCAUUCUGUGCUUGCAGCGUUGCAAGGUCCUGGAUGGCAGUCGUUGGGGGCAAAUCCGCCGGCUUCAGAAAGUCAAGGCCGUCCUGGCAAGCAUGGGCACAUUACCAAGGCAAGCUUCUUCUGGGACAUUCCACUGAAGAAGGCAUCUUAUCAAGCGCAUGACAGAGGCCAAAAAAGCCGAAAGUUGUUGAAGCGCAUCAUGAUGAACCAUACCUUGGAGGAUCUUCAGCUGGUGGCAAGGCAGGACAAGCAGCACCUGAAGGACCCAAGAAAGUGA